AAAAAGGAAAAAGAAAAAGAAAUAUUCAGAGGGCGUAAUUGACUGGGCAUCAUGUGCACAUCAAACGUGACCGGACUUCAAUUCCGAAUUCAAACCGAUUAAUUAUACUUUUAAAAACUAGAAAGAGACAUCUGGAAGUUUUCAAAAACAAAUAUUAAAAAGAUAAAUAAAAGAAGAAAACCAGAAAAAGCUAAAAAAGAAAAUAAAAGCGAGGGAUCCGUGAUUCCAAAGGAUUCGCUCUCCCACGCGCCUAACAAUCCGUCACAUCCCCACGCGUUCAUCUCCCUCUCUCUCUCUCUUUUACAUUUCCCCUCCUCACAUUCUCUCUCUCUCUUUUCUCUUACUAUAAAGCCUCGUGUUUCCCCUUCUUCCCAUUCUGCACCUCUAUCCCUCACUAAUUUCGAUACUGCCACUGAUAAAAUAAAAAACUUCCACCCAACAAACCAAAAUCCAAAGACUCAAAAAGCUUACCAUGGCGGAGGAGAAGCUAACUCGGACUGACUCAGCUGAGAAAAAACGAGUCAGGGACGAGUCCCACGACGCGAUUCUCGAAUCCCUCGAGGUGAAGAGAUUAAGAGACGACUUACUCGAUGACUCGGAUCCCGAACCGGUGAGUCAAGAUCUCGACUCGGUGAUGAAGAGUUUCGAGGACGAGUUAUCUUCGACGCUUACGCGCGUCCCCGGAGAAACUCAGCCUGAUCUCGGUUACCUUCUAGAGGCCUCCGAUGACGAGCUCGGUUUGCCUCCUGUUUCUCCGGUUCCCGUCGCGAAGGAGGUCGAGACGACGGAGACGUUGACGGAUUUGGUCCGUGCGUCGUCGGAUUCGUCCGGAGUCGACGAGUUGUGGGGGUUCGAGGACAGUUUUUCGAAUUACGGAUCGUUAGAUUUCGGUUACGGCGUCGAUUACGUCGCCGGCGAUGGGCUGUUUGGAUUUGCCGAUGAUUGUUUCGAUGCCGGUGAUCUGUUUCCGUGGCGGGCGGAGUCUUUACCGGCGGAGUAAAAACUUUUUUUUAAUUAGGUGGAAAAUGAUUAAAACGAUGCCGUUUUGUAAAGCGUGUGGCUUCCUUGUCGUUUUUAGCACUUGAUGGUGUAGAUUGUUUAUUUUCUAUUAAUUAAUUAUUAGGAUUAGGAACGUUAAAUACUUUGUUAGUGGGGGUAGUUUUCUAGAUUAUUAAUAUAAGCGAAUUCGUUUGUUUGUUCUUCUUCCCAGAUCUUUAAUUAGUUUUUUUUUUUGUGAAAUUUCAUUCUCAAUCUCUUUAUUUGACACCUUCAUUUUUCGAUUUCAGCCAGAUCUUUAAUAGGUUUUGUUAGUGUGAAAUUUAUAUAGUAUGAAAAUUUACUCUCAAUCUCUUUACUUGACACUAAUUUUCGAUUUAGAUAAUUAGAGCAAGUAUGCUUUCAUCUUUAAACAAAGGCGAUAAAGAUAGCCCAUUAACCGUAUUCUUAAGGCCCAAACCAAACAACUACUAAAAAAGUAUUCUUCAUCGUCGAACCUGAUUUUUUGGUUUGUAGUUAACCACAUAUGAUUUCUUGAAAACCGAAUUGAAGUGAUCAACAGUGUUCUUAUAAUCAGAAACCGAAUCUGUGGAACUAAUUGUAACAAGGUGCCCAUAAGAUCUGAUAACCGGAAGAGUCAAACUGG